AUGCGCCAUGUCGCCCGCAACACCCCCUUCGUCAUCCGCGGCGGCGCCUCUUCCUUCCCCGCCUGCAAAAAAUGGAACACCACCUACCUCACCACCGUCCUGGCCAACCAAUACGUCAACGUCGCCAUCACGCCCCACGGAAACGCCGAUUCCAUCAUCACCCUUCCCUCCACCCACAACGAAUCCCCCCAAAAAUCCCUCUUCGUCAAACCCCACGAAACCAGCGAACCCUUCCCCUCUGUCCUCGCCGCCAUCCGCACCCAGGAACAAGACCCUACCGUCCACGCCAACAAGCCCACCCGCUACGCCCAAACACAAAACGACAAUCUGCGCAACGAAUACGCAACCCUAUUCGCAGAUGUCCCGCAAUCCAUCCCCUUUGCCCGUAUCGCCCUCGCCCAAGACCCCGACGCCAUCAACUUCUGGCUCGGAAACUCCCACAGCACCACAGCCCUGCACAAGGACAACUACGAAAAUCUGUACGUCCAGAUUCUCGGCCGCAAACACUUUGUCCUGCUGCCGCCCGUCGAGGCACCCUGCGUGGCCGAGAAGAGCGUGUUGGCGGCGACAUAUGCGCCGAGACCGGGAGCAUCAGCGAUGGAGAAGAAGGAGCACUCGCAGGAUUUGGAGAGCGCCGACUUGUGUGUCUGCGUUGAUGAGCCGGAGGAGUAUGUGCCGUUUGCGACGUGGGAUCCAGACGAUCCGUCUCGGAAUUGUACGCCGUAUUCGCGGUAUUCGCAGCCACUGCGCGUGACGCUCGAGGAGGGCGAUAUAUUAUAUUUGCCUGCGCUGUGGUAUCAUAAAGUGAGCCAGAGCUGUAACGAAGAGGGUGUGUGUUGUGCGGUGAAUUACUGGUAUGACCUCGACUUUGCUGGAGGGUUUUGGAGCAUGGCAGGAUUUGUGAGGAGCAUUGGGCUGAUUAGUAUGGAGAAUCAGGAACAAGAGGACCAUGAGGCUUCGGAUGCUGCAGCUGAAGAUGCCAUGAAUGAGAAUUAA